CAAUCAAUUAAAUUCAAUCAAACAAAAUAAUGCUUACUGGAACGCAAAGCAGAACUUAUAUUUUCAGUUUUAGUUAGUGGACUAAUAUUGAAUGUUUUGUGCUUAUUAUUAAUAAACUGUGAAUAACACACACAAACUAUGGCCUCGGGGCUUGAAAAUUAUGUUAACCAAACUGUGUCCGUCAUAACCUCAGACGGUCGAAAUUUUAUCGGCACUUUGAAGGGUUUCGACCAAACAAUUAACAUUAUUUUAGAUGAAUCGCAUGAAAGAGUGUUCUCUUCGUCAACUGGAGUAGCGCAAGUUGUUCUUGGACUUCACAUCAUAAGAGGAGAUAAUAUUGCAGUCGUUGGACAAAUAGAUGAAGCAAUCGACAGCAGAUUGGAUCUAGGCAAUAUAAAAGCAGAGCCUUUAGGCCCUAUUGUUCACUGACCAAAACUACUAUAUAAGAAUAUGUAAUAAAUAAGGAUAUUUUUAUAA